UUGGUUGUCUGCAUGGCUGCCUGGUGCAUGGCAUGCAUGUGUGUGUGGGGUAUUCUCAGUCUUUUCAUAUGUACAGCAAUCGUAUUGUCCAUCAUGCACCCACUCACUCACUCACCGAGCAAUCCAAUCCAUCCAUCCAUCCUUGCAGCCUGCACACGACCGCAUCGGCACACAACACACCCACACCCACACCCACACCACACACAGUGGCCCAUCCGUCGAUCUGUCCUGCGGACGGAAAACGCGCCACACGCAUGGCAUGGCAGCCACAGAGCCACAUGAAGCGCCAUGAAUCGUGAUCCACAUAUAUAAAAAGAGCAAGGACACACACGACGCGAAUCCUAUAAAGGGACCCCACACACACGCACACGAGAGCACCCAACACGUCACAUGCCGUCCAUCGCCCAAGCACACAGCCCCUCUGUGAAUGGGCAAUGGACAAAGGAAGCAGUCACUCUCUCACACGCCUCUGUGCUGCACUGCACCCCUGGCUGAGUGAGUGAGUGAGUGACUGACGCACCCACCCCAUAUCCACACGCGCCGCGCCCCAAUGGCCAUCCAUAUAGGCACACACACGAAGACAGACAGACACCAAAAAGAGCACAUUAGAAACGGUGUAUGUGGGAGAGGGAGAAAGGGUGGCUCACACGACUGACACGCAUAGAAGAAAGAGAGCCACCCAACGCAGACAGACCCGUAACGUCACGGCACUCACGGCGCUGUGCCGUCCCCUCCCUCCCCCCGUCUGGCUGUGCAACCAGUCAGUAGUCGAAAUGGAGCAUCCGCCCUUCCGUAAAGGCAAAGAACUCGUUGGCGUCGUGCUGCACGCACACACACACACACACACGCACACACACACGCGUGUGUCAUCGAUGAUGCACUCCUCCCUCCCUCCCUGCCUUCUCUGUGUGUGUGCGUGCGUGUGUGUGUGUGUGUGGCUGGUCACCUCGUCAACACCGUCUCUGAGGUCCUCCAUCGAGAGGCCGUGUUUGGCGACGCACCCCGGGCACACAGAGAUCGGCACCCCCCUGGCCACCAGCUUGUCAAUCAGACCACUCUUGGAUGUGUCGGCCACACAAGGGGCCUCCUCGACCGUGAAGUCCUCGGCAGUCUUGGCCAUCAGCGGGGGGCAGUCGACAUCGCAGAAGACAAUCACGUCCUUGCCCGCGUCGACCUGCACACACACAGACACACACGCCCAUGUGUGGCCACCAAGUGCACAGCCGCUCAUUUGUGUGCCUACCAUUCGGUUGGCCAUGCACAAAGCCUGCAGGACCCGAUGCUGAUCGUCCGCUCCGGCCGUCAUGUGCACCAUCUGCACACACCAAACACACACAACCAGACAGACAGACAGACAAUCAUUGACACACCCUGCCCUCCUCCCUCUCCCUGUCUGACAUAUUCGUUAGAUCUGCCAUGCACUCCACUCACCACGCCGUCUGUGGAGUCUCCGUGGCGACGGCUUUCUGCAGGGCAACGGCUCCCACGACCAGUCCAGCCACGGCCACAGCAAUCGCGGCGAGCGCCACAACGGCCACGACGGGGAACUUGUGGUGGCCGUGUGCCAGGCCUUUGUCGGUGGUCUCGGAAGCCGCACGCUCUCGCACCUUGACGCCUGACUCGAUGUCCUUCAUCUUGUGUCACGCACGAAGGAAGUUGUCUUGCGAUUGAACAGAGAGAGGGGGAUGGAGGGACUUAGGGAACAACUGAACAGACUGGGAUGGCCGGGACAAGGAGAAUGAAUAUAAUGCGGAAGAGUCCCGUGUCCCAGCAUGAUCCUC